UUUAGAAAAAUCAAAAAGAAAAUUAUGGCGGGUCAAGUCAGAGGUCCAAGCUCUUCAGCUUCAAAUUCUACAACGGCCUCUGUCGGUGUUCUUAUGGUUGGGCCGAAUUUUAAGGUCGGAAAGAAAAUUGGCUGUGGAAAUUUUGGCGAACUUCGACUAGGCAAAAACCUUUACAACAAUGAACAUGUUGCUAUUAAAUUGGAACCUAUGAAGAGUAAAGCGCCUCAAUUGCAUUUGGAAUAUCGAUUUUAUAAAUUAUUAGGACUAGCAGAAGGCCUCCCUCAAGUUCACUAUUUUGGCCCAUGUGGAAAAUACAAUGCAUUAGUUAUGGAAUUAUUAAGUCAUUCUUUAGAAGACCUUUUUGAUUUGUGUGACAGAAAAUUUACUUUAAAAUGUGUUUGUAUGGUUGCGAUGCAAUUGAUAAGGCGGAUAGAAUAUGUCCAUUCCAAGCAUUUAAUUUAUCGAGACGUUAAACCAGAAAACUUUUUAAUUGGGCGAAGUUCGACUCGAAAACAACACAUUUUACAUAUUAUUGAUUUUGGCCUAGCUAAAGAAUAUAUUGACUGUGAUACUGGAAAACACAUAGCCUAUAGAGAGCACAAAUCUUUAACUGGAACAGCACGGUAUAUGUCUAUCAACACACAUUUGGGUAAAGAACAGAGUCGAAGAGAUGAUUUGGAAGCAUUGGGGCAUAUGUUUAUGUACUUUCUUCGUGGUUCACUUCCUUGGCAAGGCUUGAAAGCUGAUACAUUGAAAGAGCGAUAUCAAAAGAUUGGUGAUACAAAGAGGGCAACUCCUAUAGAAGUACUUUGUGAAGGAUUUCCAGAGGAGUUUGCUCAAUAUUUGCGUUAUUCUCGCCGUUUAGACUUUUUUGAGACUCCAGAUUAUGAAUAUUGCUAUGGAUUGUUUAAAGCAGUUUUGGAACGAAUGUGCCAUUCUUAUGAUUAUGAAUUUGAUUGGGUGCAUAAAUUGAAUCAAGCGGCCACACCAAGUGGUUCUCUUCACGCAGGAGUUAGUGGAAUGGCAGGUGGAGGUGAUGGUCAUCAUCGACUUCAUGAACAAAAAAAGCGUUCAUCUGCAAAUAAACAAUUAAUUGAAGAAGUUUUGAAGCCAAAUGCUCAAUUAGUUAGUAGUACAACAACUGGUGGGGGUAUACACCAUGGAGGUGCUGGAUUUGGAUCUACACAGGUUAUCAAUUCAAAUGCCGGCGAGAUUGAAGAGACUAUUGGUGAUGGGGCGCGACAAGCACAAAAAAUUAAUAGUGAGAGUCAUAGUGAAGUCAAGUUAGUUUCUUUUCUAAAAUUUUAA